CCUUCAUUACUGCUAAUAUGAACAUGACGUGUAAAACUGCCAAAACCAUACUGCCCUUCUUUCACUUUUUGCCGCAUCACCACCUCAGUAUCACAAUCCCCUCCAGCAUGAAUACUUUGUGCACGCUGCUACGGAUCCACCCUGUCUGCAUGGUCUAUAGAUAACGGUUUCUUACGCUGCUCAGUGGUUACCGGUUCUCUGGCUGACUACAUCAAUCUCCCCACUAGGGAAAUCCGGCUCGCUACGGUACUCGACUUGCAAUUGGUCAUUGAUCAUGCUAUGUAUGUCGAAAGGUCAGCGAUCAAACACUCCAAAUCGGAUGCCAGUGGUGAUUCCAAAUGAACGCCGUUUCAAUCCUCUUUCUCUAACUCCGCCAACUCUCCAGCAAUUCAAUCCCCAUUUUUCCAAUCAGUCUUGACGACAAAUCUACAUCCAUGGAGACUUCUACAUCGUACUCGCAUCCUAGGCAGAUCAUCCAGCCAUUUACAACAACGUUAUCCUCCAGUCUGAGCUGCUGUAACAGUUACAAGAAGCAACCCUCUUAUCGCCUUCACCCCGGCUUUUUACGUCUACAGGUGGGGUUGGAAUAUCGAGGUCAUCAAAUACACUGAUGGGCCACUCAAUAGACCGAUUGGGACACUAUGGUUUUGUAGUGCUUGGUCACUCGUCAUCGGUUUCGCUAUUCUAAGUCUCGGCGUUUGCCUUGUGUCCAAAGUAGUAAUGCUUGUCCCACGGCGAUGCAUGGAAUGUACUCCUCCCGAUUCACCCGGGACACUCAUCUGCCUCAAGUCAACCUCAUAACUCGCUCCCGCUGUUUAUUUGUGUCUCCGCUGUCAAUCGUCUCUUUAUCUCAACCUGUUGUUUUUAAUUUACAGCGCAUAUGGACUUUGGCUAAUUCUCUU